AUGGUUAUUCUUCUAUCAAACUGCAAGUGCCAGAGAAUGUUAAGUAUCCAGGAAGUUGCAAAGGCAGCAGCCGUCCUAAAUACUUGCCAAAGGACUUUGGUUACCCAAUGUGGAGAAAGACAAUCAAUGCUACCAAAAACAAAACAAAACAAAUUGAAAAGGAGCCUCUCAACCCAGUUGAUGCCCCCCAAAACAAAUGGGUUCAAAAGACCCAUCACUGCUCUAGAAGACUAUCAGUAUGAUAAUCGCACCUUUGUUGGCAAGAGGGUCAAACUCAGCCUGGUUUUCCUGUCUCUCAUGAGAUAA